GGUGAUGGGAUGAGAGACAUGGCAGAUGACCAAAAUGCUGCUCCGUUGUCAUAAAACAUUAUGCUCGCCGCGACACCUACCUUGGAGCUUGCGAUUGCCGAUCACCUGUCAAUCUUCGCGACGGGCGCACGGCACAUAUGGCCCCGCAAACUCGAGCAAUACUGAACACAGACGUGAUCCAGGACUCUUGGAACGGACUUGGAUAGCAGUGUCCUCGGCAUUUGGUGCGAUGGCCGACCCGACACGUCAAGAAACGGUUGCCUAUCUUGGAGAAGCAACUGGUCCGUACUUUCUGGCACGUGCACGGGAUAAGAUGCUCGUUCAUCCCGUAGGACGCCGUAUAUUGCGCGAGAGGCCUGUAAUCAAUACUACAACGCUGGAUCUAGAUCGGCUGCGCGGUUUGCCGGAUGGCACGUUUGGGCGGGAAUAUGUACGUUUUUUGGAUACCGAACAUGUGUCGCCCGACACGAGAGUACCAGUCAAAUUUAUAGGAAAUACCGAGCUAGCGUACGUGAUGCAGCGGUAUCGUGAGGUUCAUGACUUUUGGCACACCCUCACCGGUCUCCCGACAACAAUCGAAGCAGAGAUUGGACUAAAAUGGCUAGAGUUUGUGCAGAGUGGCUUUCCUGUCGCAAUGCUUAGUGCGUUCGUUGGACCUUUGCGUUUGACAUCGACAGAACGGGAGGUGCUGUUUUCUCAUUAUGUCCCAUGGGCGGUGCAAUGCGGUAGUAGUUGUCAAUUUCUAUUGAACAUUUAUUACGAAGAGCAUAUGCAUCGUCCAUUGGACGAGCUACGAAAGGAAUUGGGCUUCAUACCUUUACCUAGCAUAGCAGAUAGCGUGACAUCCGGAUAUAGUGAGGCCGCUAAGGAGGGCCAGACAACUCAAAUCAACUAGCUAACUUUUGCAUGUUUCCUAAUAUCAUUGUCUUCAUACAAUA